CCUCCCCCUCGUUGUUUCCACCGCCGCCUCCCGCUCUCCCUCCUGUUCCACCGCCGCCGUCAAGCCAGCGCUCUAGGCUGCCGACGUCCGACCCCUUGCCGUUACUUGCUCAUACGUGCAGCCUAGAUGACGAGGCAACUGUCGCUGCGCCGGAGCCUCGCCGUCCCCCCUGUGGUGGCGACGGAUCUCGAGGGAUGAUGACACGAGCGCGGCGUCGGCGGCUUUGCCUCCUCGCAGAAUGGAGGGAUUGGGCCAACCUGCUUCCUCCGGACCUCGUUGAGGAGAUCUCUGACCGGCUGCUCUCCCUCGACGUGGCCGAGUAUCUCCGCUUCCGCGCUGUGUGCAGGACGUGGCGCGGACUCACCGCCGACCCGCGCACAGCAGGCCUCCUUGACAGCCGCUUCCGCCCCCGCAACUGGAUGGUGCUCUCCAUCAUUCCUGACCCCGAGCCCCACCGCCGCCUCCUCAACUUGGCCACUGCGGCCUCUCUCGGUGUCCACCUCCCGGCCAUCUCCACCCACUGCCACAUCUGCGACGUCGACGGCCUCCUCGUCCUCUUCCACAAGCCCACCACGACCAUCCGCCUCCUCGACCCACUCACCAACGCCCUCACCGAGUUCCCGGCAAUCUCGAGCCUCGUUUCGGCCGUCCCCCUGGAUCACCACACCGUCUUGUUUCAGAAUCCCCUGGGCACUAUUCCGAGGGCGAUCAAUGCCGCAGCUUUUGAUGACUCCACAUCCCCGCCCACACUCCUCCUCUGCCUGAGAGGCGGUUUGGCCACCAUCAUCUUCGCCAAACCUGGCGAUGCGCACUGGACGCUGGUGAUCCCAGGCCAGUCCACCCACCCCAGGAACUACAAUAUCAACAGGUAACAUUUGGCGCGAGCGCAUAAUGUCGUUCCUGGUCAGUGGCACCGACGGGAGGAUGCUGAUGGUACGGUACUGGAGUGGCGUGGAGCGCUUCGGCGACAUUGGGGCUUACAACCAAAAUGAGCUAUUCACGGCGCGCGGCAUCACCAGCCGCAUUGAGGUGUUGGAGGUGGACAUCGCCGGAAAGAGGCUGGUUCCCAUGAGGAGCCUUGGCCGGCAUGCAGUGUUUAUUGGCCUGACGCACUGCUUGCACAUCUCUACCGAGACAUUCCCCUCCAUUUCUGCCGACACAAUAUACCUCGGCUGCUAUCAUCAGCAAAACCGCGGGUUUGGCAUCUAUCAUAUCAACAACAAGAACCACCGGAGGACCGAGCCUAAUGACAAGUUCAUCUUUGAUAUAACCCGGUAUUUAUAUCAACCAGCUGCCAGACCCUACAACCUUGAUGAGUAUCUAGUAUUCUAUGUGGACCGUAGACACCGCUAUAGUAAGGCAUGUAUCAAUCAUACAAGCUGUCUCUUUUACUCUUGUGAGGAGCCUCUCUAGUGCAUAUAUAUGUAUUUGUGUGGCUGCCUGUUUAAUUUGGCAUGUGAUCGAUCAACCUUGACAGCAGCCAAAGAAAAACUUCUGCUCUCUACUUGGUGUAACUCUCGCAACCUAAAUGAGAUUCCUGUUUAACAUGUUAUUUUUUCAUAGGGACUUGCUCUCUGAUUUGCUCUAGACGUCAAUGGUCAAAUAUGAUGAGCACAUUUUUUUUCCCCAUUCUGCUUAUGCUAGAACCAUUUGAUUUGGCUCUCCAUUGGCUUUACAAACUGAUGAUUUCGGAGUUCUUGUGUGGAAGUCCUAUGCUCUCUAAUUAAACACCUUGCUUCCAAGAUA